GAAUUAAAAAUUUAUGAAUCGAAAUUCUUGACAAGCGAAGAAUCAGUGGAAAACUCAUCAAAGCUAACAGUUAAUGGCGAAAUUUUGGUACCGCUUACUGAUUCGAUGUAUAUUCCGGCCAGAGUAGCCGAUCCGAGCAAGUACUUGGUGGAAAUUGGUACGGGAUAUUUCGUAGAGAUGAACACCGAGAAAGCGAUAGAUUAUUUCAAGCGGAAACAGAUUUACCUCCAAAAACAAAUGGAAGUAAUAGAAGGCGUGCUGCCGGAGAAAUAUCGAGCGAAAAAUGCUAUUUCGGAUAGUUUGCAGAAGAAACUAAUUUCGGCGCAUGCGUCGGCGAAUAACGUUAGCAGCAAAAAGUGA